AUCCAGAAGCCUUUCACUUCCACUGAUCCAUCCUUCUAAUAUUCCCAAAACCAUCUCACAAAACUCACUCCUCAACUCUCUCUCUCUCUCUCUCAUCUCCAAGCCCCUCCGACCAAUGGCGGCGACAAUGGCAACAUCAGCCACAUGCAUGUCCUUAAACCCAUCUCCUCCUAAGUCCCCAAACCAAACCAAACCCAUCUCCUCAUCAAAACCCUUCAUCACCCUCCCAACACCACUAAAACCCACCGUCUCUCUCGCCGUCACAAGCACCGCCCUCGCCGGCGCCGUAUUCUCCACCCUCAGCUACUCCGAACCCGCCUUCGCUGCCCACCAGAUCGCCGAGCUCGCGGCAGCGGCCGCGGGAGGUAGCGACAACCGAGGACUAGCUCUUCUCCUCCCGAUCGUCCCGGCGAUCGGAUGGGUGCUCUUCAACAUUCUCCAGCCAGCUCUCAACCAGAUCAACAAGAUGCGCGAGAGCAAAGGAGUCGUCGCGGGUCUUGGCGUCGGCGGUGGUCUCGCUGCGUCAGGGCUUUUGACUAUGCCUCCGGAGGCCUCCGCCAGUGUAUUUAACCAGAUGGCGGCGGUGGCGGAAGCGGCUGCCAAAGGUGAAGACAACAGGGGACAGUUGUUGUUGUUCGUGGUUGCACCGGCUCUACUUUGGGUUCUUUACAAUAUAUUGCAGCCUGCUUUGAACCAACUCAAUAAAAUGAGGUCUGAGUAAUAAUAUAUUAUCAUCGUUGGGAUUCAAAUGUAAAAUUAAUCCUUUGUUUUAUGGACAGUUUUUUAUGUUUAAAAUUUUGGACAUAUCCUUUGUUAUAUAUAUCUCGCCUACUAUAUACUCGAUGUCUUAUAAGUUUUCAACCGCCA